GAUCUCAGGAACUCCCGUGAGUGAAUCGAAUUCAUGCUUGAAUGAAGGCUUAACAAUGCGACGAGGUUUAGUUGGACGUUUGUUUCUUCUUCUACGGCCAAUUCGUUCUCAGUUCAGUUACUGGAUUAUAAAUCCAAAACCUUUCUGCCCAUUAACAAACUGCAACAAAUCAUUUCGUGUUCCUGGCCUGUUUAUUCUUAUUAUUUUUGGGAUACCAAUUUCGUUGUCGCUCGAUUAUUUAAUUUUGCCUCUUUCUCUCUUAAUUUCUGUUUUAUUAUUGUUACUUGCUUUAUGGUUUUGUUUUCAGUACCUAGAACAGACAAUAGUUUAUGCUUGUGAUGAACCACCGUCUUCGAAAUUUUUAUACAUGAAUCCAUCAUGUUUUGGAUUUUCUACAUGGGAAUUGGUAAAAUUAUGCCCUAAUGGCAACACUGGGCCAACAAUUAUUGGUUUCCUUCUUCUUCAGCCUGAUUUAUGUCGCAGAAAGUCUUGUCCAGUUGUGCUUCUUUUGCAUGGAAAUGCAGGAAACUCUACUACCCGGCUACCAAUGUGUCAAGUUUUAGAAAACCGUUUUCAAUGUAAUAUUUUUAUUAUAGACUAUCGAGGUUAUGGUCAGAGUACCGGAAAGCCAAGUGAAGAGGGCUUAUAUGCAGAUUGUACGUGUGCUCUUAAUUAUUUAUACAUGAGAAGUGAUCUGAACAAUGAAAAAAUAUUUGUACUUGGUCGAUCAUUGGGAGGAGCGUUAGGUAUUUAUUUGGCAGUGGAUCCUAUAUCAAGUGAGAAAAUAUGUGGUGUUAUUAUUGAAAAUACGUUUACAUCUAUCACUGAUGCUGCAAGUCAUAUCCUCAAUAUACCCUGUAAAUUGCCCUCUUGGUUGUUCUCAAAUCAAUAUACCUCCUUGGCUAGACUUCAAAGUUGUAGCAAAUCUAGAAAGAAAUCCUCAGCUUUCCCACCUCUUUUGCUUAUCUCAGGUGAGUUGGAUAAUAUUAUUCCACCAAAAAUGAUGUGGAAGCUUGCUGAAGCUUAUGAAAAUAUAGUGACAAAACAGCAUGCUCGAAAUGAGUGUAGUUCGAGCGUAAUGUACGACGACUCCCCAAACCCUAACUCGCUUUCCCAAAACCCAGUUACCUUCAUUAAUUCUGGAAGAGAUGGUCUUGUGAGUUUUCCGGAUGGUCAUCAUAAUGAUACUUGGCUUUGUAACAAGUGGUCAGACGUUAUUUUACGUUUUAUCGAGCAAUCCAGCGUACAUAUCAGAAGUACUGUCAACGAAAUUGAUCUCAAUGUGUCUGUUUGAUCACUUUGUCCUUUAUUUUUUUCUCGAAAAUUUUUAUACAUUGUGCAUUAAUUAUUUUGAACAGUUUUUAUAGCUUGAUUUCGUGGGAACGUUUAUAGUUCAACUAUCCUUUCUCUAGAUUAUGAAGCAUAAAUAUCAGAUUGAAUAACGUUUUCACUUUCCACUCUUUUAGACCCGAGUGUGUUACGGUCCCAGUUAGUGUUUACAGGCUUAACUAAUUUCACUACUGUUAAUUGUUGACAUACGAAUUCUGUAAAAUGUUUCUCUUCUAUCCCGUGCUUAGUAUCACGGUGUACUCUUCCAAUUUCAGUGUAUGUAUUACUUAAGAUACUUCUACUCAUUUCAUGUUGUAAGUUUGAAGUAAAUCAUGUUUGCGUGGGAUUUUUAUGUUUCCAGAGCUAUAAAUGAACACUCACCUUUGGAGUAA